AUGUCACCAUCUCGGAGAAAACCAUCUAUAACAUCUUCUUCAUCAGAAACAUCAAUAUCAGAAGAAACCAGAUCGAUUGAAUCGGAUCAAAAUUCUAAAAAAUUUGAUUCAACCAAUACAACAUAUUCCACAACCACGAUUGAUACAACAGCUGCAAAACUUUCGCUUACGUGUAAUUUUGGUGAUUUACCCGCAUGGCUACAAGAUAACAAAGACAUUCUAAGAGGAUAUCGUAGACCAACACUUUCUUAUAUAAAAUGUGCAAAGUCACUAUUUUAUCUUCAUAAUGAAAGUGGUUUCUCUUCGACUUUCCAUGCUCUAUGUUGCCAUUCUGAAAGAGUUUGUGCUAAUUGGAAUAGAUGUGAUUAUGUUGGAAUUGUCACACUAAUCGUAGGGUCAUUUUAUCCAAUGAUUUAUUAUGGAUUUUAUUGUAAUGGUUUAUUACAAAUCAUUUAUCUUACAUCAAUUUCAAUAUUUGGCGCUGCAACUAUUUCAGUCGCAGUUGCCAGCAAAUUUAGAUCACCUGAAUUUAGAUGGUUUCGUACAGGAAUGUUUUUAUCAAUGGGUUUAAGCGCCAUAGUUCCUUUGGCUCAUGCUUUGAUAUUGUAUGGGCCUGGACUUUGCUUUGAUGUAAUAUCUUUAAAAUGGUUACUAUUAAUGGGCGCAUUAUAUGUUGUUGGUGCUUUAAUUUAUGGUGCAAGUGCCUGA